CGCUCUCACACACCUUCACCUGCACAGACUUGAAAGUCCAGUUUCACCAGAGGCUGAGGCUCCAGGAAAAGGGGAGCGAGUUCAUUGGAUCAAACAUGUCACAAGAGUCGGACAAUAAUAAACGACUGGUGGCCUUAGUGCCCAUGCCCAGUGACCCUCCAUUCAAUACCCGAAGAGCCUACACCAGUGAGGAUGAAGCCUGGAAGUCGUACUUGGAGAAUCCCCUGACGGCGGCCACCAAGGCAAUGAUGAGCAUCAAUGGUGACGAGGACAGCGCCGCUGCCCUUGGCCUGCUGUACGACUACUACAAGGUUCCUCGAGACAAGAGAUUGCUGUCUGUAAGCAAAUCAAGUGACAGCCAAGAAGACCAGGACAAAAGAAACUGUCUCGGCACCGGUGAAGCCCAGAGUAAUGUGAGUGGAGGAGAAAACCGAGUGCAGGUCCUAAAGACCGUUCCAGUGAACCUUUCCCUAAAUCAAGACCAUCUUGAGAAUUCAAAACGGGAACAGUAUGGCACAAGCAUCCCCGAGAGCCCUGCCAUCAUCCCUGUGUCAGGAAUCACGGUUGUGAAAGCUGAAGAUUUCACCCCGGUUUUCAUGGCGCCGCCUGUGCACUACCCGCGGGAAGAUGGUCAGGAGCAGCGUGUGGUUAUCUUUGAACAGACUCAGUACGGCGUGCCAUCCAUGGCCAGCCACAGCUCCUACCUCAAGGAUGACCAGCGUAGCACCCCGGACAGCACUUACAGCGAGAGCUUCAAAGACGGAACCACAGAGAAAUUUCGGAGUGCUUCAGUUGGGGCUGAGGAGUACAUGUAUGACCAGACAUCGAGUGGCACGUUUCAGUACACCCUGGAAGCCACCAAAUCUCUCCGUCAGAAGCAGGGGGAAGGCCCCAUGACCUACCUCAACAAGGGACAGUUUUAUGCCAUAACACUCAGUGAGACUGGAGACAACAAAUGCUUCCGACACCCAAUCAGCAAAGUCAGGAGCGUGGUGAUGGUGGUCUUCAGUGAAGACAAAAACCGAGAUGAACAGCUGAAAUACUGGAAGUACUGGCACUCUCGGCAGCAUACGGCAAAGCAGAGGGUCCUCGACAUUGCUGAUUACAAGGAGAGCUUCAAUACCAUUGGAAACAUUGAAGAGAUUGCAUAUAAUGCUGUUUCCUUCACUUGGGACGUGAAUGAAGAGGCAAAGAUUUUCAUCACUGUGAAUUGCCUGAGUACAGAUUUCUCCUCUCAAAAAGGGGUGAAAGGACUUCCUUUGAUGAUUCAGAUUGAUACAUACAGUUAUAAUAAUCGUAGCAAUAAACCUAUUCAUAGAGCUUAUUGCCAGAUCAAGGUCUUCUGCGACAAAGGAGCAGAAAGAAAAAUCCGAGAUGAAGAGAGGAAGCAGAACAGGAAGAAGGGGAAAGGCCAGGCCUCCCAAACCCAGUGCAACAACUCCUCAGAUGGAAAAUUGGCGGCAAUACCUUUACAGAAGAAGAGUGACAUCACCUAUUUCAAAACGAUGCCUGAUCUGCACUCGCAGCCGGUCCUCUUCAUACCUGAUGUUCACUUUGCAAACCUGCAGAGGACAGGACAGGUGUAUUACAACACAGAUGAUGAACGAGAAGGCAGCAGUGUCCUUGUGAAGCGGAUGUUCAGGCCCAUGGAAGAGGAGUUUGGUCCAGCACCUUCCAAGCAGAUGAAAGAAGAAGGGAUGAAGCGAGUGCUUUUGUAUGUGAGGAAGGAGACUGACGAUGUGUUUGACGCCUUGAUGUUGAAAUCUCCCACAGUGAAGGGCCUAAUGGAAGCGAUAUCUGAGAAAUACGGGCUGCCUGUGGAGAAGAUAGCAAAGCUGUACAAGAAAAGCAAAAAAGGCAUCUUGGUGAACAUGGACGACAACAUCAUUGAGCACUACUCGAAUGAGGACACCUUCAUCCUCAACAUGGAGAGCAUGGUGGAAGGCUUCAAGAUCACACUCAUGGAAAUCUGAGCCCCGGUCUCGGCUUGCCCUCGGCAGGAGCCCUCAGUGCGUUCCUCUGCGGAGAGAUGGAGGCCCUGGCCCCAGAGCCUGCAGACUCACCUCACCCAUCUCACAACUGCUGUUACACGACUGCGCUCGGGGGCGGGGCAAGGCACCAAGCCCCAUUCCUUGUCAGUGUGUUUGGCCCGUCCACCAGCUCCUGCUGUGCAGCUGAGGCCCAAGCCCCUUGGGAAGGGGCUUUGGGCCUGUCAGACCCUUAUUUAUUGUCCACCCUGUUCCAGAGCCCAGGGCCAGGCCCGCCAGGACUCUGCAGGUCCCUGCUGGCUCCAGAGGACACCAUCCAGAGCCCACCCCUUCAAGGGAAACACCGCCAAUCUAUUCAUCUCGAGUAGCCUUAGAAGGUCUCAUCCCGUUGGUCUUACCUCUCCACUUCUCCCGAGUGGCUGGACAAAAUGAGCUGCUGCUUGGGGCAGUAGUCAGAGGUGGGGAAAGAGAUGGAUGCUCCCUUACUGGUCAACCCUUCAGGUUGCUCUGGAGAAGGUCAUCUUGCUAGAUACCUCCAGGGGUCCCCAGUGAGUGGCCACCAGGCCUUGUACAGGAGGACAUUCAGCUACCAUGUAAUUAGUAAGUGACACAGAAGAUAUGCCUGGCUAUCAUGUACAUAGUGUUCAUAAUAUUGCAAUAAUAUAUUUUAUCUGUGGUAUGUGGGCAUGUUUACUGCCACUGGCCUAGGGGAGGCACAUACCUGGAGACUGCUUCCUACAAGAGGUUUCUGCCUCUGUGCUGUUCAGGAGACUCUCUGGGCUAGGGAAGUGGCCUUCAGGGUGUCAGGUGAUUGCAGCGGGUGCCAAGAUGGAUGCUCCUGUAGGCAUGCCAGGGGCUCGAGCCUGUCCACAGAAGGAGCCCCAUCUCCUCUCCAAGGGCACAACCCAUCCUGGAGGCCACCACCUUUAUCACAUGGUGACGUGCUUUGCUUGAGUCUCACUCUAAGUGGUCUUGUGGGAAACGUCACAUUGUCUGAGGCCCCAGCUCCUCCGCUUUGGUGUCAGCACUGCCUGAGCUUUCUGGAGAGACUUCAGGGGGGUGCCACCAGGGCCCUGUCGCUUGGGCCUGCUGCAAAACUCCUUGGCUGUCGUCAGGAGCCUGGCCACUGUGCAGUACCGCGCAGCUUACAAGCACGUCCUUCAUCUCAAGUGGCCCCCUUAAAAGCCCGACUGCAGUUCUGAGAACGUUGCCAACAGCUCAGCUCUGAAUGGGCAGGCCGGGGGCUGCCUCUUGGGCCUCACCAGAGAGGGAGGGACCAGCCACCUCUGCUCCUGGCUGCUGGAUUUGGAGGGAGGGAGGGAAGGACCGUGCCCCCACGGGCCCUGGCUCUUCUGAAACCAGCCUCUGGAGGAGAACCCCAUCUCCUGCUACAUGCCCUGGGAGACCAAGAGGAGAAAAACUGCUUCCCUAAAUAAUCAUGAACCGUCCUGGACUGCUGUUCUCUUUGAGGGACUAGUGGUUUGCCUUCACCCUUGUAGGUGGAAGCACUAGUUUUUUGGUAGUUAGACACAUCCGCCAGCCAAGGUCCAGGAUCUAGGACAGGUUCUAUGUAAAGGCCCAAAUUUGUUUGUAAAGCACUUUGACAUCUUACCUGGGGGCUCUCCAAGGGCUCCCUGCCCUCCCACCCCAUCUGCCCCAGGGGCCCAGAGCAGGAUGGAAGGGCUGCUUCCAGCUCAGCUGUUUCUCCUUGAGGCUGCAGAGGAUUUGAAUUGAAAUGGAGGGCAGGUGCCGUGCCUGGGGAAACCUCUGGGUGCUGGUGAGGGGGCACCUUUCUGUGUGUCUUCUGGACACCUUACCCCUCCCCAUGAUGCCAAAGGUUUGCAACCUGGAUUCAGCUCUGCUUCAGUCUGUCCCAUCCUCCUCCACUCUGUGACUUCCAUGCCCUGGACCAGCAGCUGGGAGAACCUCCUGGGAACUAAUGGAGCUCUGUUCUAAGAUGGGCACAUUCAGUGUCGGAAAUACCUGAUGUACUAUGCACUUCCCGUGCUCCUUGCCUUAGGAGUGGUUUCAAACAUGAUUGGCAGGUGGAAUGGCAAAUACUUUUGGGCUGGGGCUUAGGACUCUAGGGCAGGGAAAAGAUCAAAUUGUGGGCAGUUUGACACAGGUUACCUACCCUUCUCUCUUUAGCCUCUGUGGAAAAAAAUGUUUGCAGGUCCUGCCCUAGGCAGAGGAUGAAUAAGAGAUGCUUUUGCAUUUGUCCCAGGCCCCUGAGCAAUCACUGUGGUGACCUCUGCCAGAACAAAGAACAUGAGGUCAGUGCCACCAAAGGGUGGUGCAGAGUGUCACCUCCCACCUGUCCCACCCCCUCUGCAUUCUCAGAGUGCUCAUGGCUUAGCCAUGAUGUGUCUUUCACUGUGUAUGUUAUCAGAGCUUUGUGAAGAACAUUUCCUGAGCAAAAACACUCCAAAAAGAGGAAAAUUUGCCCUCCUCGUCGUCUUCUUUUUUUUUUUUUUUGUCCCUUAAAUGAAUCACACUCAAAUAAAUUAGAUUUUUAAAAAAAUCCAUGUAAAAUAAGGGACAUGUGAAACAAGUGUUUUUUUUAAAGACAUACGCAAACUGCUUAGACUUUACAGGUGUUUGGAAAUUGGGCCAACAGAAAAAUGCAAUCACACGUCAUCUUGGAAUUGGAUCCUAAAAGACUAAGGUGUGUCCCGGGCCAGAAAUUUAGGAAGCAUUAAAUGAAUCAAACAUUUAUUUCCUUCUUAUUUAAAAUUGUGAAAAGGCAGCAGAAACAGAGGGUUUGUGCCAAAUUCUAUGAACAGCCCUUUCUUAAAGAUAAGCAAGGGAGAUUGAUAGAUGAACAAUGUGCUCUCGUGUUUAAGAAAAAAAGCAGAUGUAACUUAAUAGUUUUGUAAAUGGGAGAAGGGGAAUCUAUAAACUAUAAAUACAGUUAUUUUAUUUUUUGUACAUUUUUAAGAAGAAAAAAAUAAAUAUUCAUAAAGUAAGAGUAAACGACAGUGUCUGGUACUUUCCAUGAGAUUGGUGUGAGGGUUCUUUGCCUGAAUGGAAAGGAACCUCUGUGUAAGCUUGGAAGUACCCUUUGAGUACCUUUGAGCACUAGGCUUCAACACAGUGAGUAUUUCCUCUUCUGGGUGACUUGUUGGGUCCUACCCCAAGGUUAAGUGAGAAGAAGGCUGAAGAAGCCCAAGAGACUUACAGUGCGACCGUGACAGGCCAACAGGGUGGCUAUUCUUGGCCAGUUCCUCAGGGCAGGGAGGAGGUUCUGUCCGUUCACUGCGACCUUCCUCACUCCCAGCUCACUCACCCCCACUGACUAACCACAGAGCUUUCCUGUUCUGUAGUUCAUCUGUACCAAUCUCUACACGGGCUAAGACCACAUGGCUGAAACUCCAGUUUCAUCACAACAGUCUCUUGCCCUGGAACCCACGGGCUUGCUAGUAUCUGUCAGCUCAGAUGUGAACACCUCGACUUAUUAUCCCAGUACCUACUGGUGUUUCCUCAGUGAACACCACCUAUACUCCUUCAACCAUCGUCCCGAGAGACUCUCUGUUCCAAACAAGUAACAUUUCUAUAUUCUACAUCUCACCUCUCUGUCUCUCCAUGUCCGCAGCUUUCAAAUCUUGGCUAAAAAGUUGCCUUCAGAAAG